AUGAAAGUAGUUUUUGUUCUGAUUUCUCUUACCAUUUUAUCUUCCAUCUCUCUCCCCUUCCAUCUCUCUACCCUCUACCCUCUCCCUCCUUCUCUCUGCUCUCUCCUUCGACCUCUCCUCUCUCUCUCUCUCUCUCUCUCUCUCUCUCUCUCUCUCUCAUUCUUUCUCUCCUCUCGCUUGCAUUUUUUCUCUCCUCUCUCUUUAUCAAUUUUUUCCGUCUUUGUCCUCUCUCUCUCGCCCUCUCUCUACUCUCACCUAUCUCUCUCUCUCUUUCAUUUUUCUCCUCUCUUUCUUUCAUUCUCUUUCCCCUCUCUCUCUUUAUCGUUUUUCCUUCUUUGUCCGCUCUCUCUCUCUCUCACUCUUUCUCUCUCUCUCUCACUCUUUCUCUCUCUCUCAUUUGUCUCAUAUUUUCUCUUCACAUUGACUUUAUGCUCUUUAUUCCAAACUCACUAUAUUUCCACUCUUUCAAGAUUUCAUGCCCCCUCUUUUUUGCUCCCCCUUUCCUUCCCUGUCUCAAAGUCUGUAUCUUACUUUUUACUCUCCGUCCUCUCUACAAAUACAAUGUUUCUUCUUUCUUUUUUUUUUCAUCGCGUCUUUCGAAUAAGUGGAGACUGGUGUCUCAUUCUUCCUUCUUUUUCUUUUUUUUUCUAUUCUUUUCUCCUUUUCCUCUUAUCUUACGUCCUCUCUUUCACUCUUCAUAUUCUCUCUUUCCUAGUCUUUCUAUCCCAUUCACUAAUUGUCUCUCCUCUCUCACCUCUUCUUAAAUGUCUUAUUUUUUACUCCUUAUCCACUCACUCUCUACCUCCUUACAUUCUUUCUUUCUCACUUUUUCCAUUCUCUCUAUCAGAUUUACACCCUCUCACUCGCACACACACAUUCUUUCUGUCCUCCUUUCUCUCUCUCAAUUCUUCCAUUAUUACAUUUGUCCUCUCUCUAAUUUCGUUUAUCCUCUCUCUCUUUAUCAAUUCACUUUCUUACUUCGCCCAUACUCACUUGCAUUUUCCCUCUCACUCAUUUCAACCUUACUUCCAUCCUCUCUGUCUCCCACACACCUUUGAACUUCUUUCAUUCCCUCUACCCUUUUUUUCUCUCUUAUUCCCGUCUGUUCACAAGACUUUUGUUCUUUUUUUCUUUUCCCUUCUUCCUGAUUUUCAUUUUGCCACUAAGGAAAAAAAUAAGUGUGGAGUAAUUGAUAAGGCGUUGCUUUCCUGUUUGCGCCAAAAUUCAAAACUAACUGAAAUUCCCAUUUGA